AUGAACCGCCAGCUUAUCAUAAGCUUUCCAUACAAGUUACUGAAAUCGAUAAAUCUGGCUGUUCUGUCUUUUCUCAAAUGGCUAAACUGCAGUCACUUCUUUACAGGUGCUGUUGAUGGAGUGGUUAAUGGAGAUAUCUAUCAGGAGAGUAAUGGUCCAACAGAUUCCUAUGCUGCCAUAUCCCAAGUAGAUCGACUGCAGUCAGAACCGGAGAGUAUUCGUAAGUGGAGAGAGGAGCAAAAGGAGCGCCUGGAGCAACUUGAUGCAAACUCACGAAAGCAGGAAGCAGAAUGGAAAGAGAAAGCAAUAAAGGAGUUGGAGGAGUGGUAUGCAAGGCAAGAUGAAAAGCUCCAGAAAACAAAAGCAAGCAACAGGGCAGCUGAAGAAGCCUUUGUGAAUGAUGCAGAAGACAUUUUUCCGGGCACUGAGUGGGAACGUGUGGCUCAGCUCUGUGACUUUAAUCCCAAGUCUAGUAAGCAGGCAAAAGAUGUGUCCCGCAUGCGUUCAGUCCUCAUCUCACUCAAGCAGGCUCCGCUGGUUCGCUGAAGGAAAGCACAAUGGAAACACUACAAAUGCAAUAUCUUAACCUUACUCAGAGAAGCUAUGUUUGCAGUAAUUGGAUUAAUUGUUUCAAUGUUUUUUUGGACCAAACCUCAUGAUGUAUCUAGAGCUGAUCAUUGUUUCGUUGCAUGUUCUUCCUCAUGUCUCCUUUCUGUGUCUGAAAUGGGAGAACCUCCAAAACUGUAGUCUCUGUGCUAUUGUGCACUGAGAUGUCACUUCCCACAUUUCUGAUAUUAAAGAUCUGUUAAACAGCAAAAUGUGUUGACUUUGGAU